CGCCUGAAGAAUUAGCAACCAAGCUUUGUUUUCCUGUUUGCAAGGCACAUUCUUAAAUGGUUUUUAUAUGGCGUUUUGUGAUCUCGCGGUGUUUUAGUUCCAAAGCAAGUAAGAAAAGGCAGUUUAUUGACUGGAAAAAAGUAAUCCUGAAGGCAGGAAAUGGUGGAAAUGGUUGCCUUCACUUUAAAAGACAAAAAUACCAACCCAGAGCUGGUCCAGAUGGGGGAGAUGGUGGGAGAGGAGGGAGUGUCAUUCUGAUCGCAGAUUACUCUGUUAAAGAGUUUGCUCAUCUUCCCAAACAUAUCAAGGCUGAAAAUGGUGGAGCUGGUAAGGCAGAUGACUGUAAGGGAAAGAAUGGCUCAGAUCAGAUGUGGCAGGUACCCCUGGGCACUGUUAUUAAAGAACAAGGGUAUGUAAUAGCAGACUUGACUGCCAUGGGAGAGACCUUUGUAGCUGCUCAAGGAGGCCUUGGUGGAAUGGGGAAUGCAUAUUUCAAGACACCAGAGGAUCGCGCACCCAAUGUUACUACUGAAGGGACCCCCGGAGAGGAAAAAGUUGUAGAGUUGGAGUUGAAGACAAUUGCUGAUAUUGGAUUGGUUGGUUUCCCUAAUGCCGGAAAAUCCACUCUUCUAAGAGCAAUUUCUCGGGCAAUGCCAGCAGUUGCUGCUUAUCCUUUCACCACCAUUAAUCCCUAUGUUGGAAUUGUAGAGUUUGAAGAUUACCAGCAAAUUGCAGUAGCAGAUAUUCCUGGUUUAAUAAGUGGAGCACAUCUGAACAAAGGGUUAGGACAUGCUUUCCUACGUCAUAUUGAACGAUGCCGCUGUCUGCUGUAUGUUUUGGACAUUUCUCGCACAGACUCACUGACAACUUUUGCUUCCUUACGGCAAGAAUUGGAGCUUUACAAGGAACAACUAUCACAGAGACCAGCAGCCAUUGUGGCUAACAAAGUAGACAUUGCUAAUUCAGAGACAGAAAUCCAACAACUACAGAACACUUUCCCUCUUCCAGUUAUACCUGUAUCAGCAAAGUAUGGAAAGGGUAUACCAGAGCUGAAAAAAGAACUUCGAAAACUUUUCAAUGACACUGUUGUAAUUUCUUGACUUUUAAUUCACAUUCAACGAAAGAUGCAAGAAAAGACAAAUCUUUAGCUUUUAUUUAAAAAUAGCUUUUUAUUGGGUCACUUUGCAGGUUGUUCCAGAAAGUAAUACUCAUUCAGUAGCCAUAAGCAAACUAUUUACAUUGAUGUCCUCUGCAUAAAAAAUUAAUUUUAGUACAACAUGAUGAUAAAAAUAUGUACUAGUGAAUAACAAAAAUAGCAACACUUUGCAAUAAAUACCUCUGGUUAUUUCAUCCUAA